AUUUGUACGCACAUCAUCUGUUUGUUUCUCUUUUCAAGUUUUCAAGUGAUGGAGCGAAAAUGAUAUAAAAAAUUAUUUUAAAUUUCGAAAUCGGUAUCGUCCGCGUUCCAAAAUUCUCGCAUAAUGUCGGUUUGAAAUGUUCGUGAUCGCGAUUUCAGAAUAUUCUCAUUCGAAAUGAGUAUAUUUUCGUAAACGGCAGCAUGUUACGGUUUGCUUCACGUGUUCGCGUUUGAUUUCGGAAUCGCCAGCCGGACCACACAAUGGAGAGAGCACCGUCGAAUCGAUGUAACCGAUUUAUGAUGGAAGGUGUCGGUGCUCGAGUAAUUCGUGGUCCUGACUGGAAAUGGGGUAAACAGGAUGGCGGUGACGGUCACGUAGGCACAGUGAGGAAUUUCGAAUCACCCGAAGAAGUCGUAGUUAUGUGGGAUAAUGGUACGGCCGCUAAUUAUCGCUGUUCGGUCGCCUUCGAUUUGAGAAUACUCGAUAGUGCUCCAACAGGUGUAAAACAUGACGGCACCAUGUGCGAUGGAUGUAGACAACAGCCAAUAUACGGUAUUCGAUGGAAGUGCGUUGAUUGUCGAAACUAUGACCUAUGUAGUAUAUGUUAUCACGGCGAAAAACACAUAUUAAGGCAUCGUUUCGCUCGAAUUACUACACCGGGUAGUGAGAGAGCGUUACUCGAUCCUCGUCGUAAAAGUAAAAAAAUCACCGUGAGAGGUAUUUUCCCUGGCGCCAGAGUCGUUCGUGGUAUAGAUUGGCAAUGGGAAGAUCAAGAUGGUGGAAAUGGUCGACGCGGUAAAGUAAACGAAAUUCAAGAUUGGUCAGCGACCAGCUUACGGUCGGCUGCUUAUGUGGUUUGGGAUAAUGGCGCCAAAAAUCUGUAUAGAGUUGGCUUCGAAGGCAUGGCCGAUUUGAAAGUUGUUAAUGAUGCGAAAGGAAUUAGUGUAUAUCGUGAUCAUUUACCAGUGCUUGGCGAACAAGGAUUGGCACGCGGAGGUGCUUUCAAUUUUCACGUUGGAGAUCAAGUAAACGUAGAUUUGGAGUUGGAAAUCGUCCAGUCGCUUCAGCAGGGUCAUGGAGGUUGGACAGACGGAAUGUUCGAAUGUUUGGGUAACACGGGUAGUGUCGUUGGUAUCGACGAAGAUCACGAUAUCGUCGUUCGCUAUCCAAGCGGCAACAGAUGGACAUUUAACCCGGCAGUUUUGACCAAGGUUCCGGUUCCUAUGACAUCAGGAGCAGCAAUUAGUGGCGAUGUGAAUUUGACACCGCAACAAUUCGCCGUAGGUGAUUUGGUGCAAAUAUGCAGCGAUGCGGAGCAGAUUAAAAUUCUUCAAAGGGGUCAUGGCGAAUGGGCAGAUGCUAUGGCGCCGACGUUGGGUAAAAUCGGCUGCGUGUUGCAGAUUUAUCAAGAUAAUGAUCUGAAAGUAGACGUAUGCGGUACAUCUUGGACGUAUAAUCCGUUAGCAGUUACUAAAGUCGCCUCUGCCGAUGGUAGUCUUGCAGGAUCAUCUAGCGGUGAACGUUUGAGUGUAUUAUUGAAGAAGCUAUUCGAAACUCAUAUCACCGGCGACGUUAACGAAGAACUGGUCAAAGCAGCCGCCAUCGGCGAUAUUCAAAAAUGCGACGAAUGCCUUCGACGAUCCGAUGCUGACGUAAACGGCGUCUUCGGCGGAUACACAGCGUUGCAAGCAGCUUCUCAAAAUGGUCAUUUGGAAGUGAUUAAAAUGCUGCUACACCACAAAGCUGACGUCGAAGUUGAGGAUAAAGACGGUGAUAGAGCAGUGCAUCAUGCAGCUUUUGGUGACGAACCUGGAGUAAUGACGUUAUUAGCUAGUGCCGGAGCUGAUUUGAAUGCCAGAAAUAAGCGAAGGCAGACUGCGUUACACGUAGCUGUGAAUAAAGGCCAUGGCAGUGUGGUGAAAACGUUAUUGGAACUUGGAUGUCACCCCAGUCUGCAGGAUCUAGAAGGAGAUACUCCUCUUCACGAUACGAUUGCAAAAAAACGCGAUGACAUGCUGACGUUACUUUUGGACCAUAACGCUGAUAUGAUGCUGACCAACAACAACGGAUUCAACGCUCUUCAUCACGCUGCUCUUCGUGGAAAUCCCAGCGCCAUGUGCAUUUUGUUGAUGAAACUGCCCAGAACGUGGAUGGUGGACGAGAAGAAAGACGACGGGUACACAGCGUUGCAUUUGGCUGCGUUAAACAAUCACGUCGAAGUAGCCGAAUUAUUAAUCAGGCAAGGCAAAGCCAACAUGGACGUUCAAAAUCACAACCUACAAACAGCGCUGCAUCUGGCUGUGGAAAGGCAACAUCCUCAAAUCGUUCGAUUACUCAUCAGAGAAGGCGCGAAUUUAAAUAUUCCCGAUAAAGACGGAGACAGCCCCUUACACGAAGCGUUACGCAAUCAUACUCUGUCGCAGCUUAAACAAUUACAAGAUGCUAAUGAUGUCGGAAAGUUGUUAAUGGGACUCGGAAAUCAGAGCACGGAGAAGAAAUCGUCGUCGUCUAUAGCCUGCAUAUUGGCCGCGAACGGAGCUGAUUUGAAAAUGAAGAAUAAAAAAGGUCAAACGCCUUUGGAUCUGUGUCCCGACCCGAAUCUAUGCAAAGCACUGACAAACUGCCAUAAAGAGAAGCAAAAAGGCGAUUCGGGCGGUGGAGGUAGUAAUGGCGAAGGAGGAGAAGAAACUGCUGCCCUGGAUGAGUGUUUGAUAUGCUCGGAUUUAAAGAGAGAUAUAUUGUUUAAACCUUGCGGACAUGUGGCCAGUUGCUCGGUGUGUUCGCCAAGGAUUAAAAAAUGCUUACUUUGCAGAGAACCAGUCGCCAAUAGGAUACAGAUUGAAGAAUGUAUCGUGUGUUCGUAUAAAAAAGCUUCGGUGUUGUUUAAACCGUGUAAUCAUAUGGUAGCCUGCGAAUCGUGCGCUUGCCUUAUGAAGAAAUGUGUCCAAUGCAGAUCGCAAAUUGAUCGAAUGGUGCCGUUUAUCGUCUGCUGUGGUGGUCAAGGAAGCAUUACCGAAGUUCAGCCCGAUAUCGUCGAGGAUGUCGGUAAAAUAAGCAAUGUAAAUGCAAAUAAUGUUAAUACAGCGCCUACUAAUGUUAAUCCGAGUAGCGCACCACCCGCACCCAGUACCGGAGGAGCGUUGAUGAAUAACGGAAGUCGAGAUACGUCUACGUACGAUAUACAGAAAUUACAGCAACAAUUGCAAGACAUCAAAGAACAAACUAUGUGCCCGGUUUGUUUGGAUAAAUUGAAGAAUAUGAUAUUCCUGUGUGGUCACGGAACCUGUCAAAUGUGCGGUGAUCGUAUGUCCGAGUGUCCUAUUUGUCGAAAAACUGUCGAGAAAAGAAUUUUAUUGUAUUGAAUAAUAUUUUUUAAUCUAUUCGUUUUUGUACUGUUACUGUAUGUUUUUAUGAUAUAGAUUUUUUAUACCUAUACUUGUGCCUGUAUGUUUAUGUAGUGUUAUAAUGAAUUAAGUUUAUUUUAGCUUGUUUGAAACUUGGAUAUUUAUUAUGUAUGCUGAUUUUUUUUCUUCGUGUAAUAGCCCAAGGUAUAUAGUGAUUUAUUUACAUAGCAUUUUUUGUAAUAAUUUACCUAUUCCUCCUCGCUUACUCUCAUUGCCUUAUCCAAUUACUCUUACCAAAUUACCCUAUUUAAGUAAUUUUAUUGGUGUGACAACUUUGCAAGUUUUAAUUGUGAUGUGUUUCGUGUACCUACUCGUACCUACUUACCUAUUCGUUUGUCGUUUGUGUAAUUUUUAUCGUUUGUAUUUUAUGUAUUUUGUAUGAUGUAUGUAAUGUACCUACGUGUACGUACCUAUUUUCAUUUGUAACGAUCUGAGAUGAUUGAAACUUCAUUUAUUCGUUUGAGUGCGAAAAAUUAUUAAUUAAUUGAGUGUAACUACACCUAGUAGUGUUUCUUUUUUGUAAUGAGUAUUGAGUACCUAAUGCAUGUACUUAUAUGUUGAUAUUAACGUUCAAUAAAUUUUGUAAUAUUUA